CUCCCACUUCCCUCUUCUCGUGCUGCACGCCUCCUCCUGCAGCGCUCUUCUUCUGAAAGUUGCACCUUUGUUGUCUGAUCUCUCCUUCAGGACUCGUCGCGGAGCAGCACCAUGGCGUCCACAGCAGAGUUGAAAAUCGGACAGAAGCUGAAUGAGGGGAAGACAAAGCAGAUCUUUGAGCUUGUGGACCAGCCCGGACUGGUUCUGGUCCAGUCCAAAGACCAGAUCACCGCUGGGAAUGCAGUGAGGAAAGACCAGAUGGAGGGCAAAGCUGCCAUUGCCAAUAAAACGACGAGCUGCGUGUUCAAGCUCCUGCAGGAGUCUGGAAUUAAGACCGCCUUUGUGAAGCAGCACUCAGACACGGCGUUCAUCGGAGCCCACUGUGAGAUGAUUCCCAUUGAGUGGGUAUGUCGCAGAGUGGCGACUGGAUCGUUCCUCAAGAGGAAUCCAGGAGUCAAGGAAGGAUACCGCUUCACCCCCCUGAAGAUGGAGAUGUUCUUUAAGGAUGAUGCCAACAAUGACCCUCAGUGGUCGGAGGAGCAGCUGCUGGAGGCCAAAUUCUCUCCGGCUGGGCUCACCAUCGGCCAGUGUGAGGUGGACAUCAUGAAUCGCAGCACUGUGGCCAUCUUUGAGAUUCUGGAGAAGGCCUGGGCCACUCAGAACUGCACGCUGGUGGAUAUGAAGAUCGAGUUUGGCGUCAAUGUGAAGACUCAAGAGAUCGUCCUCGCUGACGUGAUCGACAACGAUUCGUGGAGGCUGUGGCCAGCCGGAGAUCGCAGCCAGCAGAAGGAUAAGCAGGUGUACCGAGACCUUAAAGAGGUCACCCCAGAGGCAAUGCAGAUGGUGAAGAGGAACUUUGAGUGGGUCUCUGAAAGGGUCAAGCUGCUGCUGGAGCCCCAGGCUAGCGGCAGGGUGGUGGUUUUGAUGGGCUCCACUUCAGACAUGGCUCACUGUGAAAAGAUCAGGAAGGCUUGUACCUCCUACGGCAUCCAUUGCAUCCUGCGAGUCACCUCUGCGCACAAAGGUCCAGAUGAGACGCUGCGCAUCAAGGCAGAAUAUGAAGGUGACGGUGUACCCACUGUCUUUGUGGCUGUAGCCGGCAGAAGUAACGGCCUUGGGCCGGUGAUGUCUGGAAACACGGCGUAUCCCGUCAUCAACUGCCCGCCUCUCACUCCAGACUGGGGUGCACAGGAUGUCUGGUCAUCCCUGCGUAUGCCGAGCGGUCUUGGCUGCUCCACAAUCCUCUCCCCCGAGGCGGCCGCUCAGUUUGCCGCACAGAUCUUUGGAUUGACCGAUCAUCUGGUGUGGUGCAAACUUCGGGCCUCCAUGCUCAACACCUGGGUGUCUCUCAAGCUGGCUGACAAGAAGUUACAGGCGUGCAGCCUCUGAAGUGGCUCAUCCACCCCCCUCUUUUGAGCUUUGGUGUGCUUUUCUUUUUUAGGGCUCCACUGUCUUGUCAAUGUCAUGUCUUUUGUCUACCAUGAAAACUCACUAACAAUGUACUUUCUCACACAUGAAUCAUUCCAUUAAACAAAGAAAACAAUUUAAA